GAAAUUGUUUACCACAAACGGUCAACUUAAACUAGCGGUAACCGUAAAAAAAAGUCACAGCACUUGUCGACUCAGUUAGUGGAAUUAAUACUGUUUAUCGAAAAGGUAGCGAGAAGAUGACAACAACCGAAAGAGUGAUAAAAAAAGUCGGGAGCUUUGGGUGGUAUCAGUUGCGUGUCUUUGCCAUUAUCAGCUAUGCAGUUUUCUUCACUUCGUUUGUGUUGAUGGUGAUGACAUUCAGUACAGCUGAACCUCCGUGGAAGUGUAAAGCAAACUCUACUUCAUGCACCUUAAAUGGAACCUUUAAAGCUGGUGAUAAAGACUAUGAACAUCGUUGCCAAAUUCCACGUAAAGACUGGGAAUUCGCUGUGGAGGGAAAUUUUGAUUCCAUUGUUACAGAGUGGGACUUGGUCUGUGAUACUGCAGUGUACGCAAGCCUGACAAAUUCCCUUACUUUUCUGCUUGGAAUAUUUGGAGGAGUGUUGGCCAGUAUUCUCAGUGACAAAUUUGGCAGGAAGACCGUGGUAUUUCCCUUCACGAUGCUCACCUGCACGUGUGGAUUCUUGUCUGCCUUUGCUCAGACGUAUUGGGUGUUCGUUUUUUUCCGAGCUCUUGCAGGCAUUGGAUUAGGAGGAGCAUCAAACUCUGGCUAUAUACUAGUCAUGGAGUACAUCGGUGUUCGUUACCGUGGCGCUGUUGGCAUAGGGUACUGGUCGUCAUGGAUACUGUCCUUAGGCCUCUUAUCGUUGCUAGGAUACCUAAUUCAAGACUGGCGUAUUCUGAGUAUUAGUACAAGUGCACCAGGAAUGAUUUUCUUUCUUUUCUGGUGGUUYACCCCAGAAUCUUUACGUUGGCUCUUGGUAAGAGGCAAAACUGAUGAGGCCAAGAAGACAUUGAAAACUGCUGCACGAGUCAACAAAAAGGUCAUCUUGGAUGAUGACAUGAACCUGCUUGGAACGGAUGAGGAGAAAGAGAGACUUGGAGAUAUUAGAGAUCUCUUUGUAUCUCGUUCAAUGGCCCACAGGACUCUACUUUCCUGGUUCUGUUGGUUUGUCAACGGGUUAGUGUACUAUGGCAUCUCAUUAAGUACACCAACCGUUGGAGGCAACAUGUACUUGAACUUCUUUUUGUCAACUGUAUGUGAAGCCAUCGCCAUGGCGAUAGCUGUGCCCAUAUUAAACCGGUUUGGGCGUAAAAAGACCAUCAUUGUUUGUCUGUGGCUGUCUGGUGUCGUCAUGAUUACGGCAGCGCUUCUUUCUUAUUAUGAUGAUGGAAGUCAAGGUUUUCUUGCUGGUAAGAUCGUGUCAGCCAUGGUUUUGGGCAAGUUCUUUAUUACCAUUUCAUACGAUGGCGUCUACCUGUAUUCUUCAGAACUUUUCCCCACAGUUGUCAGAAAUACGGCGACAGGAACAUCGAAUGCUUCAUCUCGUGUAGGGUCUACUCUUGCUCCUUACAUCGUUUACUCGCAACGACUCCACCCGAUGACGCCUUUCGCUAUCAUGUCUGCCACUGCGUUUGUCUGUGGAAUACUAUUCACAUCUCUGCCAGAAACCAACAAGAAAGCCAUGCCUGACACUGUCAAACAAAUCUGCGGAAACACCGAAGGUGACAAAGUCGAUCUGCAGGAUGAAGAUACGACUUUUUUAACUGAGGGUUAAUCCAUGAGAAAUCUGCAUUCGGAAACCCUGGGUGUAGUCAUUGAAGACAAGAGACCGUGGCGUAUCUUGGUGAAGAACAAGGUUGAAAGCAUCGAGGCAUUACUAUUUCACGAUUUAUUAUACAUUCUACAAAAUUACUCGAUUCUGAUUGGACAAGAGAAGUACAAUUAAAUCCCAAAUUAUACUCUGCAAAGUCCCAAUUAAGUCCCGAUAAACUCUUUUUUUUAGUUUAUUAUAAACAAAAAAUCGCACGAUCUUCUCGUACAAUUCUGAAUUUAUAGAUACUGGUGAUGUUUUGAAAGUUCUCAAAUUGAACUCGCCUAAAGGCUCGUCCAAUUUUGAAAACCUUCAAGACAUCACUCGUAUCUAUAAAUUCCGAAUCGUACUGGAGAUCGUGCGAUUUCCUAUACAAAGCAGGUGCGACGAAAAAGACGGAAUUAGUCCUGUAACAGUUUUUAGAGUCGAAUGCUAUGGUUUUGUUAACAACGAAUACCUAGUGGCAAUCGAUCACCAGGAUAAUGAGAUAACAGUAGAAGAACAAGAGCGGCACAAAAACAACCGCAACAACAAGAUUGGCAUGUUGUUUUUGUGACGUAACGUUUUGUUGUUUAGGUUACAAGUCUACAAGAAUAGCGGAAUAAGGAAGAAAAAUGGAAGUGCUGCUUGGAAAUAGUUAUUUUUGUUUUAUCAGUUGUAAAUUUAGGCAUAAAAAGUAUAAGAACAUUAAAGGUAGAAAAGUUUCGUGACCC